AUGGAGGGUUUUGAAAUCAACGAACAGAUCGGAAAAGGAUUUUUCUCAACCGUUUACGCGGCGCGAAUAUGUAAUGAAGACAGAAAAAUCGCAAUGAAAGUGAUUGACUUGACAAGCGCAUCAAAGGGAGGGCGACUCAGACUGAGAGAAAGAUCGUUACAACGCGAGAUUGAAAUAUCGAAGAAAGUAAAGAGUGAAAAUUGCGUUGAGCUAGUGGCACAUUUCCAGCAUCAAAACUUUGUUCUGAGGCAUUACCUUGCUUAUGAGUUCAUGCCCUCUGGUGACCUCCAAAAUUUGAUUUUCAAAACGGGAAAAAUGAACUCAACGAAAAGUCAUAGCGUGAUCAGCCAAAUCCUCUCCGGCCUCGUCCAUAUUCACACGCUGCAAAUUAUUCAUCGAGAUUUAAAGCCUGCAAAUAUUUUACUUGACGCAGAACGUGGCAGCUUCAAAAUCGCCGACUUUGGCCUCGCCAUAGAGAGUAAAGGAACACGAGCGUGGUUCGGCCACGCUGGAACCGCGGGCUUCAUUGCGCCUGAAGUCUAUCUUCGACAAAGCUACGAUGAGCAAGUCGAUUGUUGGUGCUUGGGUGCCAUUUACGCUUUUAUAGCGACGGGAAGGCCGAUUUUCUGGAGCGAAGAUAAAGAUGUCAUCCGUUCUCUCGUUCUUGACACAAGCAAGAGGGACGCGUGUAUAAAUGAAUUUCUUUCUGAAAUGGACGAACUUGAUCUAUACGAGAUUCGCGAGGAGGUCGGGAAGGGCGCAUUUUCAGUCGUGAAAAAAUGCGUUUCGCGGAAAACGAAGCAAGAAUUCGCCGUCAAAAUCAUCACAACGAGCAAGCUGACGAAACGCGACUUUGAAAAACUCGAAAGAGAGGCGCGCGUCUGCCAAAAAUUACGCCAUAAGAACAUUGUCCGUCUCCAUGAAACCUUUGAUCAAGGAGGAUAUCACUACAUGCUCUUUGAUUUGAUUACCGGUGGCGAGUUGUUUGAAGAUAUCGUGACGAGAGAGUACUACUCCGAACGCGAAGCUUCGAGAUGUAUUCAACAGAUUCUCGAAGCCGUCUCUUUCUGCCACAAAAAUGAUGUUGUUCACAGAGAUUUGAAACCUGAAAACCUCCUUCUUGAUUCAAAGCGGCCAAACGCAGCAAUCAAACUCGCAGAUUUCGGCCUCGCCAUCGAGUGCCAAGGAAACAAACCUGAUCAUUUCGGUUUUGCUGGAACACCCGGUUAUCUCUCCCCAGAAGUCAUUAAAAAGGAAAAAUACAACAAACCCGUGGAUAUGUGGGCCGUCGGCGUCAUUCUUUAUAUCUUGCUCGUUGGUUAUCCUCCCUUCUGGGAAGAAGAUGCGAAAGCUAUGUAUGAAAUUAUCAGGGAAGGCAAAUACAGCUAUCCAUCACCCGAAUGGGACACAGUAUCAAGAGAUGCGAAACAGUUGAUUGAUAGCAUGCUCCGAGUAGACCCAAACAAACGAAUCACUGCUGUUGAAGCACUUAGGCACCCGUGGAUUUGCAAUCGCGAAAAAGUUGCUAACGCUGUUCAUCGUCAGGAAACCGUCGACUGCAUCAGAAAGUUCAACGCUCGGCGAAAGAUGAGAGCUGCCGUUACCGCAGUGAAAUUGACGAACAUCUUCGGCAGAGAUUCUGAAUCGACGAAAAAGUCGAACGACUCCAACUCGCAAAAUCAAGAAUCAAGCUCUGAAGAAGUCAAGCUGGAGAUCAAAUCGGACGCGAAAUCUGAAGGCGAGAGCGACGCUGAGGAUGAAAAGCUUCUGAAACGCGAAGUUCAACGGGCGUUUGACUCGCUUCAAGAAGCAAUCCAGUCGCGCAACUUCGAAAACUUCAAAAAAUAUGUUUCGAAGUCGGUGACUUCGUAUGACCCGGCGGUUUCUGUCCUGGUCAAAGGCCUCGAAUACCACAAGUUCAACUUAUCAGAAGGAUCUAGUAAAUCUCGCACAACAAUAACGAACCAACAAGUCAAGAUGCUGUCGAAAACAAGCGCUAUCACUACUUGUGUCGUUCUCCAGCAGCGGCUUCGCGAUGGAAAUCCGGAGACUCAACAAUUCUGCGAGACACGCACCUGGACAAAAACCGGCAGUGCUUGGAAGAAUUGCCACAUUCAUCGAAGCUAG